AUGAAGUUGAAUGAUGCUGAACCAGUCCAAAAUGGGACCAUUGCCUGCAUCGGCGCUGGCACAGGCCUGGGACAAUGCUUCCUGGUGGCCGACACUCAGACAGGUGAAUACACCUGCCACCCCAGUGAAGGACAGCACGGGGAGUUUGGUCCCCGCGGGGCCGGUAGCGACGAGCUGAAGCUGGAGUUGCUGAAGUACCUGAAGAUCAAAUUCUCCAACGCGGGCAACCGCAUCUCCACCGAGAGAGUCGUCUCAGGCACCGGCAUCUGCAACAUCUACGAGUUUCUCGCCUACAAGCACCCGCACGACGUGGAUGAGGAGGUGCACGAAGCGCACAACGAGCGCCCGAAGGACGCCGGAAUCAUCGCCAUGAAUGCGAAGCCCGGGUCGCUCUGUGAGAAGACGAUGAAGAUCUUUGCUGAUGCCUACGGUGCUCAAUGCGCGACCUUUGCCCUCUAUGUGCAGCCCUUCGGAGGCAUCUACAUCACCGGCGGUGUGACGAAAAAGAUGCGGGAUUGGCUAUUGAAAGAGGGCUCUUUCAUGAAAGCCUACUACGACAAAGGUCGGCUCACUCCUGUGCUGAACCGUGUGCCGCUGAUGAUCGUCGAGGGAGACGACAUGGGCCAACGAGGAGCCCACUUGCGCGCAGUGAUGCUCCUCAAGCAGGAGAUCAGGGAACAAGCCCGACGAUUGUUCGACACACUUGAUUUCAACCACGAUGGCUUGCUCUUCGUGAGCGAGUUGGAAGGCUUGUUUGAGAUGGCCGGAGACAAGGCUGGCAAGCACAGGCUCGACCUGGCGCGACAGCUGUUGCAGGAGCUGGACAGCAAUCGUGAUGGGCAUCUCGACUUCGAAGAGUUCUUGAAGGGGUACGCAAAGCUGCCCACGAAGAUGAUCUCUGAGUCGCCCUUCCUCCACCGAGAGAGGGAAGAGCAAAAGGAGCCGAAGAUGGAUCGCACGCAGCUGGUGUCUCCGCCGGACCGCGGCAACGACGUGGACAGCCAGGCGGCCUUGGCCAAGGAGCUGCAGAAAUACCAAAGCCGCUCGCGCCGGGAGAAGAUCGAUCCCUUCAAGGACGCCAACGCUCCGGUUUUCCAGACCAGGCUCUACAAGCUCCUCGCGGAUCACGACCGCACCAAGGAGGAGUCUUGGGUGCCGCGAAUGUAUUGGGUAAGCAACUCAGGUGGGAUCUGUUACCACAGCGUUACUGAGAAUCAGGCGCUAAAAUUCCUUGACAGCGAAGAUGUGCCAAAAAUGUAUGUUGAGCAGCUUCCGGACGAUGACAAAUCGUCGUGCAAGCAGCAUCGCUUUCGCAUCCAGCCUUCCUUCCGAGAAGGAAUUCCUGCACCAGCAACGGAGUUCGCAGCUCCUACUGAAGACAUCCUGUCGCUCUGGAUGAUCGAGCUUGCAGCCCUUCAGAAGAAGGCACGGGAAGGCAGCUCGACGUCUGACUAA